AUGUCGCCUGUUGGGAAACUACCUACCCAACCACAGGUAUCUGCAUCCACCCUCAUCAAUGAGGAGCCCUUGCCACCGCUCGAUCCCGAACUCGGCGUUCUGGCGCUCGAGUGGGCCCCCGACCUCGCUGAGAUCCUCCGCCGAUACGAUCCCGACUGGGAUAAGGAUAUGAUCGAGUUUGCCUUCAGCUAUUGGAGUGCCGAAAUCGAGAAGGUGAAGGCUCGACAAGGUGACCGUAUCGCGUGCCGCAUGAAUGGGCUAUUGAAGGUCUCAGAAGAUUCCGACUCUAUAUGGGACGUUGCCAGUGUCGUGCGCACCCAGAAUAAAGGCCGAAACGCCUAUCUCUUGUUGUUGCACUUUGAAAAGGACGGUGUUUUCGAAGAGGUUAGGAGCAAGAAUCCCGACUUGCAGUACACAGAUGACGCGGUAUGGAUAGGUUUUACUAAGAGCCGCCGUGACUCGUACAUUAUUCUCGACGACUGGUUUCGGAAGAAGAAGGAUAUCAAAGCGGUGGACCCGAGAGUUUAUCGUCAGUGGUUGGAUACUCGGGAGGAGGUGGAACCAGAGCCGAAGCCGAAAUCAAGUAAGUCUUCCAUUCCGACCACACCCUUGAGCGGAGCUAGUAUGGUCAACCACCAUCCGUCUAUUACCUUCGACUCCUUCAAGAAAGCGGAGGAAUUAGGGAAGCAGGCCGCACAGCUUGACGGCGAUACUGGGACUCCAGCCAGUGGACGGCGGAAGCGUAAUUCAGUGAUUGAGGCUGAGCAGAGGAUGCAGCUGCAGGCCCAGCAUAAGGAGUUGAAUAAGAAACUACGGCAAGAGGUACAACAACAACGAAGCGAGGCGAAGAAGAGGAAAUCUACUGUUGCAUCACAAUCGUCUACUCCAGUCAGCAACAUGGUCGUGGCCGCAGUAGAAGGCCCUGAGGCGGAGAAGAAUACUCCGGUGGAGACCCCACCGAGGAAGAAGAGGGGACGGCCACCUAAGAAUGCUGCCUCGUCUACUGCCAAGCGGAGGAAGACUGAGAGUCCGUCGAUGGAGCCGGUAGCCGAAGUAGAACCAAAGACACCAGUAAAGAAAAGUGUUAUUGUUGCAGAGAAUACAGAGUCUGCAAGCAGCGGUAGUCCUCCACCACCAUCCACGCCUGGAGGAAGCGAUGACGAAGGGAGCGCCAGACGGCAUAGUAGACGGCGUCGGGGGCACAUGGAUGCCGCUGAGGCCUAUAGGUUAGCUGCCUGCCAGGGACUGGUAGAUACCAAUCCCUACGAUCAAUGGGUACAUGAUGCAGCUGAGGCACAGCAGAGCCGGAUAGUGCACGAGGAGGCUGAGCAUGACCACAUGCUUGUCGAAGAGGAGAGAAAGAGUGAUGCCGCAGCGGCAGAGGAGGAUGAGGAGGCACGCAAGAGGGAGGUAGAGGAGAAGCAAAGGGAACUGAAGGAGAAACAGCAGAGAAGCUCGACUGAAGCUGAGAUAAAGCCCAUAGGAAGGACACAGAUCGUAGAGCAUGUGCUGCAGAUGGAGCAUAACAAGGCUGUUGGGGACUCGAAGGCUGAUAGUGUACGGAGAGACGCAGCGUCCGGCAUCAUCAGAAUUAGAGCAAAGCCAAGUCCGGUAGCCUCUUCGACCCUCAUUCCAGGAGAGGACAAGUCGCCGUCCCCGAGCGAGGCUCCGACUCCAUCGAUAUCUAGCGGGUAUCAUGAUGAUGAUGAGGCUGUAGAGAGUGAGCCGAGUGGGGAGGAGGAGGAGGAGGAGGCCAGCGACUAUGAGGAGGAUAUCGUCACUGUUGGACGGAAGUCACGAGCAGCCAAACGCUCGACUACCACGGACAAAGCGGCAACAUCUAAGCCCAAACGACGACGAGGUCCACUGCUCGGCUCUAGUUCGAAGCGACGAAGCUCUACCGGCAGCCCCUCUGGCAAUGUGGAUGAGCCCAAGUCCCCAGGGGGUCUCUUUAGUCCUGGUGGCGAUGGUGCUGCUAGUAAUGUAAACCCGCGCAAGCUGUAUAGGGAGAAGGCCGCUGGGGGCUUCCGGAAACUGUUUGAGGCAGGGGAUGUUGCCGCCGCCGCUGAUGAGGAGUCUAAGGAAGGAAGGUGUCGCAAGUGGGCUAUUGAGUUGGAGAAUACCCUGUUCGUUACGACGGGAGGAAAGAACGGCGAGACUGGUUGGCGGAAAUACCUUGAGGCGAUGAAGAGGCUAGUUCCAAUUAUUAAGGAGACUCAGUCUAGAGAGAAACACCGUCAUCUAAAGAAAGCGGAUGAUGCAGAGCAAGCACCUCCUUUUCUCACCCGUCCCAUUGGCAUCACUGGGCUCCUUCUAAGGGGUCGGCUCUCUGUGGAUCAGUUGGCGUCGAAGCAUUGUACUAGCGAGUGGCUACAGGAGAUGAUCGGAUGGGACGACCGCCUCUUGGAGGACCCUACCUCGGACAAUCGUGUGAAGCCGAUCCAAGGCCUGAGGGGAAUAUUGUUGAAAGAAUGUGUGGAUCCGUCGAAAGGCCUCAUACACCCCGGCAAACGGUCGGCCAUGCAGUGCCACUUGUGGAGCUAUGCCCUAGAGCACGAGAUGCAUGCCUCAAGCAGCGACCCGGUAUCCUACCGGCAUGCGAUUGGCGCUUUGGUGCGGAAACUGCGGGAGCUCGAGUCGAAGUCGUUACCAGCGUUCCGCCUACUUCAUAGUAAUAAGAUCACCUGUAAAGAGUUGGCGUCCACCCCGGCUGAGACCAUCGUUUCGGAGCAUGCUCCUCCCAAUCGGAAAUCAACAGGAGCUAGUAGCGGCGGGAGCACCCCAGGAGGAGGCAGCAGCCCUAAAGCGACGUCCCCAACAGAGAACACCUCCUCUGCUGUCCCCUUACGGUCCACUCCGACGGCUCAUGCAGCGGAGCCCGACCUCUAUGAUGAUCUUGCCGUAGAUAGCGGCCUACCUAAGCCGUCUACUAGUAGUGAGCCUACCAGUGUGUCGUUGAAGCGAGUUGCAUCGGCGUUAUUGACCGCUGAGGAGGAGCUUGAAGAAUCGGCACCUGACUUCGCUCCUGCGCCCAUGAUAGUGAUGGAUGAUGAUGACGAUGAGAGCGGAGCCGGCGAGGAUGACGAUGAUGAUGACGAGGAAGGGAGUGGGGAGGAGGGUGAUGGCGAUCGGUCUCGAGAACCAGGUCAUUCACCUCCCGUGGUCAGCGAGGGGACGUGGGUGGCCCUAUAGGGCCUCUCUAUGUGAUCAUAGGCCUGUAACAUUGCCGUGUUGUUUGCUUUUCUUAACACCAUUAGCCUGCAUUUCUCUUUGUACCAAAUUCGAUGACAAUAGAAUACAAUAAUAACCCCUCGCUAUCACUACUUCUGCUGCUGCUGCCGCUGAGAGGGAGGAGGAGGAGAGUCUUGGUAUCUACUACAGAGGGAACAUCUGAGUUACAUUGUUGGCUGCUGCUAGUGAUCAUCAUCAUAGUAGUAGAAUAUCUU